AUGGAAGUAAAAGUAUUGUACAAUAUAUCAAUACGUCAUAUACUCGCCGUAUCCGACGCGAUGCUCGUCGAGCUCAAAGCGUGCUUCAUGGAGGCCUACGAUGACAAUCAGGACGGCAAGAUAGAUAUACGAGAGCUAGCUCAAUUGCUGCCUAUGGAGGAAAACUUUCUGUUAUUAUUCAGAUUCGACAAUCCGUUGGAGUCCAGUGUGGAGUUUAUGAAGAUCUGGCGAGAAUAUGACACGGACGGCAGCGGAUACAUCGAGGCUGACGAACUGAAGAACUUUCUUCGCGAUCUUUUAAAGGAAGCGAAGAAGAUCAAUGAUGUAUCUGAAGACAAACUUAUAGAAUAUACGGAUACUAUGCUCCAAGUGUUUGACUCCAACAAGGACGGGAAGUUACAACUCUCUGAGAUGGCAAAGUUGCUCCCAGUAAAAGAAAACUUCCUUUGCAGACAGGUCUUUAAGGGAGCGACAAAAUUAACAAAAGAUGAUAUCGAAAGGGUGUUCUCGUUAUAUGAUAGAGACAACAAUGGCUCAAUAGAAAACGAAGAGUUGCGCGGAUUUCUAAAAGAUCUACUAGAGUUAGUUAAGAAGGAUUAUGACGCUCAAGACCUGCUAGAAUUUGAAGAAACGAUCCUUCAAGGUGUAGAGUACAGCAGCGAUGGCAAAAUCAGCAGGAAGCAGCUCACAAUGAUCCUGCUGGCACUCGCAAAACACCACCAAGAAGAAGAACCAGGAAGCCCAUAA